AUGAUUGUCCCACUUCUGACAGAUCCACUGUCACUAUUCUUCCACAUCGGCGUAUGUUUACCGAUUCUCCACCGACUCUGUCGCCGGAACUCACCGACGGCUUCCACAUCUCGUUUUCUUCAUCCAGGUUCUUUGCUGCAUCUGAAUAUGAGAGGGCGACAAAGGGAUCAUAUCCACAGUACAUACAAGCGUGCUUCUUCCAAAGAGCGCCUGAAUGCACAAGACAUAGAAGAUGGUUUAGAAGAGACUCCACAUGAUUUUGCAAAAGGAUCUGGAAAUCCCCCUUGGCUUCGUUCAUUACCACAUGUGAUUGUUGCAGCUCUUUCCUCAUUCUUAUUUGGCUACCACCUUGGGGUGGUUAAUGACACGCUAGAAAGUAUAUCCUUGGACCUUAACUUUCAUGGUGAUACAAUGGCUGAAGGUUUGGUGGUAAGUACAUGUUUAGGAGGUGCUUUUGUUGGGUCUACAGUCAGUGGAUGGAUUGCUGAUGGGAUUGGUCGUCGGAGGUCAUUCCAAAUGUGUGCUAUACCAAUGAUAAUUGGUGCUUCAGUGAGUGCUACAGCAGAUGGGCUUGGAGGUAUGCUUUUUGGAAGGUUUCUUGUUGGAACUGCUAUGGGUGUUUGUCCUCCUGUUGCAGCUUUGUACAUUACAGAGGUUUCACCAGCUUUUGUGAGAGGCACUUAUGGGAGCUUCACUCAGAUUGCAACGUGUCUUGGACUUAUAGCUUCUUUCUUCAUUGGAAUCCCUGCAAAGGACGUGCCUCGUUGGUGGCGUGUGUGCUUUUGGGUAUCUACAGUUCCUGCAGCCUUGCUUGCUCUUCUGAUGGAGUUUUGUGCAGAAAGUCCUCAUUGGCUUAUGAAGAGAGGAAGAAGUGCUGAAGCCGAAGCGGAAUUCGGGAGGCUUUUAGGAGGUCUACACGUAAAAUCAUCAAUGGCAGAAUUAUCCAAAACAGACAGAGGAGACGAAGUAGAAUUAGUAAAACUUUCAGAGUUGUUUUAUGGACGUCAUUUCAGAGUGGUUUUCAUCGGGUCUGCUCUGCUGGCACUGCAACAACUAUCUGGAAUAAAUGCUGUUUUCUAUUUCUCUUCAACUGUCUUCAAAAGUGCUGGAGUACCUUCAGAUGUCGCAAACAUGUCUGUUGGAGUAGUCAACUUAUCAGGUUCAAUUAUUGCAAUGAUUUUAAUGGAUAAACUCGGCCGAAAAGGUCUUCUUCUUGGAAGUUUCAUGGGCAUGGCAAUGUCAAUGGGCAUGCAAGCAGUUGCAGGAAGUUCCUUGGUUUCAGGCUCUUCAGUGGUGUUACUCUCUGUUGGUGGUGUUCUACUGUUUGUUUUAUCAUUUGCCAUGGGUGUUGGGCCGGUACCUGGGCUCCUGUUAUCAGAAAUAUUUCCAAGCCGAAUCAGAGCAAAAGCCAUGGCAAUCUGCAUGGCUGUACAUUGGGUUAUAAAUUUCUUUGUUGGUUUGCUAUUUUUGCGGAUGCUGGAGAAGCUUGGGCCAUUGAUUCUAUACACAGCCUUCGCAAGUUUUUGUUUAGUGGGAUUUUUGUUUGUGAGGAAAAACGUUGUGGAAACAAAAGGAAAAACAUUGCAAGAGAUUGAGAUGGCACUUCUUCCAUCAGCUGAGUUAAUAUAUUGAAAAUUGAACCUUUUUGUUCAAUCAUACCACGUGAGGCUAUAAACAAUUUACUAGUGAGCUUGUUUUCAACUAAAUUUUUAUAAGAGUCCAGCUAUGAGGAACACCAAUGUAGGAAUGUUCUAGUGGUUAAUUAUUGUUAGGUUAUUUUAAAUUUUGCUUUGUAUAUAACACGAGAAAAUUCAUGUUAAGACCACACUACUCCAUUACUUGUAUCA